CUUUCAUUCCGGUCGAGAUUCAUUACCGCAGGUAGGGUUUCUGAUUUCGGUACUCUGGUGAUCUCUCCGACAUACGAGCGACAGAAGAGGGCGGGUCCAAAUAGAGUAAAACUAUGGCGCAUCGGUUGUCAAGAAACGUCGAAGCCGAUGGCUGGGAACGAUCGGAUUUCCCCAUCAUAUGCGAGUCGUGCCUGGGUGACAAUCCAUACGUUCGAAUGACUAAAGCAGAUUAUGAUAAGGAGUGUAAGAUUUGCACAAGGCCCUUUACAGUUUUUAGGUGGAGGCCAGGUCGUGAUGCAAGGUAUAAGAAAAGUGAAAUUUGCCAGACUUGCAGUAAGUUGAAAAAUGUUUGCCAAGUUUGCCUUUUGGAUCUCGAAUAUGGAUUGCCAGUUCAGGUUCGAGACACCGCCCUCAGCAUCAAUUCCAACGAUGCCAUCCCCAAGAGUGAUGUGAACAGGGAAUACUUUGCCGAGGAGCAUGAUCGGAGGGCCCGAGCUGGUAUAGAUUAUGAAUCUUCAUAUGGAAAGGUGCGGCCAAAUGAUACCAUUUUGAAGCUCCAGAGAACCUCACCAUAUUACAAGAGAAACAGGGCACAUGUAUGCAGUUUCUAUGUAAGGGGCGAGUGCACAAGAGGUGCUGAGUGCCCUUACAGGCAUGAGAUGCCUGAAACAGGAGAGUUGUCACAGCAGAACAUUAAAGAUCGCUACUAUGGAGUGAAUGAUCCCGUGGCAAUGAAGCUACUAAACAAGGCAGGUGAAAUGCCCUCUCUGGAAGCCCCGGAGGACGAGAGCAUCAAAACCCUGUACGUGGGUGGGCUGGACGAGAGAGUAACUGAGCAAGACUUACGUGACAACUUCUAUGCCCACGGUGAAAUUGAGUCUGUACGAAUGGUGCUGCAACGCGCUUGUGCUUUUGUAACGUACACGACAAGAGAAGGCGCAGAAAAAGCCGCGGAAGAGCUAUCAAACAGGCUAGUCAUUCGGGGCCUGAGGCUGAAGCUGAUGUGGGGUCGACCACAAGCUCCCAAACCAGAGGGUGAAGGCUCAGAUGGAGGAGCAAAACAGGUUGCGUCGGUGGCUCACAGUGGGUUGUUGCCUAGGGCAGUCAUAUCCCAACAGCAGAACCAAUUACUACCACCAGGCACUCAGGAGCAACCACCCCCACCACAGAUGCAUUACUUCAACAUUCCUCCACCACCUCAGCAGGACAGGGCGUAUUAUCCGUCAAUGGAUCCUCAGAGGAUGGGCGCUCUCAUUCGGUCUCAAGAGGGGGAUCCUAAUGGUUCCACAGGGUUGGCAGAUAAUAAGGCUGAUUCGGAGAAGCAGCAUCAAGUGCAGCAGCAUUAUGGUUAUCAAGGUUUGCCGCGGCCGCCUCAAGGUCAAUUUCAACAGCCUUAUUAUCCACCGUAUGGGUAUAUGCCGCCGCCUCCUCAGCCUUAUCAGCAAUACCCUGUGCCUUAUCAGUCUACAAUGCCGCCACCCUUGCCGCCUCGCCCUCCGGUAGCCCAGCAGUAUCAGCAUUCCGAAGCAGCAGGGUCGUCAUCGCAGAAUUGAUGCAGUUGAUGUAGUCUUCUGCUGACCAUACUUUGUACUGAGGCAGUUGGCUGGGAUAUUUUCUUUGCCUCUGUGUUUAUUACUUAAUGCCACCAUCCUGCAGCUUAAUUCAGAUUACUGUCUCAAACUAUGUAUUAGGAAUUUCUGCUCUGUUUGUCUAAGCAGUUACUGUAAUUUUUUUUUUCUGGGGGUACCUGAGCAAUUAAAUUUGGUGAUUCUGUUUGUCAAA